GCGGUCCCAUAUAAAUACUCUCUUGCUCCGUUACAGUGUCAGUUAUUGCAAAAUACCAGAUCUCAGUGUACAACAAUGAAUUGUCUUACCACCCUGUUUGCAAUUUGCUGUUUGACAGUAACAGCAAAGGCAAGGCCUGGUUACGACCAUUACGGAUCACACAAUCUAGGAGGCAUACCAGAUACUCGUGAUUAUAGUAUUCUCAAGUACCCAAAGUACGACAUCUUGGAACUCGGUGAGUACUCCAAAGGUCAUCUUCCAGGAGAUGAAAUCUAUGUUAACAAGCACGUCAUCGAACACGUUCCUGAACCGUACCCUGUAAAAGUACCAGUACCUCACCCUUACCCCGUACAUAUCGAAAAGCCAUACCCCGUGGUGGAGACUAAGUACGUCAAAGUCCCUCACGCAGUACCCUAUGAGAUCGUCAAGCAAGUGCCAAUCCCCGUGGAAGUACCGAAGCCAUACCCAGUACCUGUUGACUCUGGUCACAACGAAGACUCGUACCAUGCAGGGUCACAACAAUCGUUUGGGAUUCAGAAUCAUACCGACGGGUUAGAAAACGCAGGUGGAGAAGUGCAGCAUGUAAAUUCCUUUGAGAGUCAAGGAGAUGAAGGAUAUCAAGUCCAUCAAGAGGGUCAAUGAUAAUGAUGAAGUGAAUGAACAGUAGGCAAUUUAGGACGCGAAACCUACUUUAGCACUAUGACUGAUUGUUGAUACUAUGUUGUUGUUA